CUUCUGAUGACUAUAAAUGGCGAUUCUUUACCAAGGUGUCUAUAUAAAAAAAAAAAAAUCACUCGGUGUCAUCCCCCACGUCAGGCCUGCUCGUGGGCGUGAGGCUGUACUUCCUCCGCCCCCUCUUAAUGGAGUGAACCAUUCCCAGCUCUUCCCCCUCUCUCCCUCAGCCUCUCUCUCUCUCUGUUUCUCUCUCUUUCUCUCUCUCUUCCCGCUCGCUCUCUUUCUCUCCUCCCUCUGCCUUCCCUGUGCAUAAAGUCUCCGCCGCUCCCGGAACUUGUUGGCAAUGCCUAUUUUGCAGCUUUCCCCCGCGUUCUCUAAACUAACUAUUUAAAGGUCUGCGGUCGCAAAUGGUUUGACUAAACGUAGGAUGGGACUUAAGUUGAACGGCAGAUAUAUUUCACUGAUCCUCGCGGUGCAAAUAGCAUACCUGGUGCAGGCCGUGAGAGCAGCAGGCAAGUGCGAUGCGGUCUUUAAGGGCUUUUCAGACUGUUUGCUCAAGCUGGGCGACAGCAUGGCCAACUACCCGCAGGGCCUCGACGACAAGACGAACAUCCAGACCGUGUGCACAUACUGGGAGGAUUUCCACAGCUGCACGGUCACAGCCCUUACGGAUUGCCAGGAAGGGGCGAAAGAUAUGUGGGAUAAACUGAGAAAAGAAUCCAAAAACCUCAACAUCCAAGGCAGCUUAUUCGAACUCUGCGGCAGCGGCAACGGGGCGGCGGGGUCCCUGCUCCCGGCGCUCCCUGUGCUCCUGGUGUCUCUCACGGCAGCUUUAGCGACCUGGCUUUCCUUCUGAGCGCGGGCCGACUCCCCCCGCGCGCCCACCCACACUCACUCCAUGCUCCCGGAAAUCGAGAGGAAGAUCCAUUCGUUCUUUGGGGACGUUGUGAUUCUCUGUGAUGCUAAAAACACUCAUAUAGGAUUGUGGGAAAUCCUGGUUCCUUUUUUGGUUUCUUUUGAUUCCUUGUGUUUUAUUUGCCAGAUGUUACCAAUCAGUGAGCAAGCAAGCACAGCCAAAAUCCGACCUCAGCUUUAGUCCGUCUUCACACAAAAGUAAGAAAACGGCAAACCCACCCCCAUUUUUUAAUUUUUUUUUUUUUUGGCAAAAGAAUCUCAGGAACGGCCCUGGGCCACCUAAUAUAUUAAUCAUGUUAGUACAUGAAAAAUGAUGGGCUCCUCCUAAUAAGAAAGAGAAGGAGAGGAGAAGGCCACGGGCAAUGAAUUCAAGAGAGAUGUCCACGUGCGAAGCAUAUGGUGAAUAAUUCACGCUCACGUCUUUCUUCCACAGUAUCUUGUUUUGAUCAUUUCCACUGCACAUUUCUCCUCCAGAAAAGGGAAAGGACAGAUUGUUGGCUUUGUUUUGUCUAGAGCAGGAGGGAGAGAGGAGAAGGGUUGAGGAAAUCUCAGACAGAAAGGGUAAGGCUGCCGAGGAAUGCUGCUAACAUCCCUGAGGGGUUGGCUUUACCUGCUGUUGUUGAUGCAUCUUUCCAAGUUCACUGCCUUUAUUUUUCCUCCUCUCUCGUUUUAGCUGUUACACAUACAGUAAUACCUGAAUACCCAACGGUAUAGAUCACAAAGCGGGGGGGGGAAUGUUAAAUGUUAAUCUAAAAUAUAGUUAAAAAAGAUUUUGACAUAAAAGAGCCUUGAUUUUAAAAAAAAAGAGAUGUAAUUUAAAAAGUUUAUUAUGAAUUAAAUUCAGCAAAAAAGAUUUGCUACAAAGUAUAGAGACAUAUAAAAUAAAAGUUAUUGUUUGAAA